AUGGAUGAAUUGGAUGAGCUUCAGGCCAGCCUGGCCAAGGAUCUUUCCUGCGUUGGUAUUGCAGAUUUCAAAGGACACUGCUUUAAAUGUAAAGGUGAGGUGGUUUACAUUACAAAUAGUACGUUGGCUAGUGACGAGCAUCAAACUCAUCUUCAACCCACAUAUCAGAGCCAGUAUCUGGAAGUGAUGCAGCAGAAUACAGCCAGGAUGGGAUUCGAUAUCUAUUCCAUCAAACAUGCUUUACCUGUGAAAUUCAAGACCGAUGGAAAGCAAUUCCAUCCCAAGUGUUUCUGCUGCUCGACCUGCCAAAAACAACUCGUUUCAACAUUCAUUGAAAAAGACGGAUCGUUUGUAUGCAAGGAGUGUUACGAAGUUGCAUUCUUACCACUGUGCCAUGGAUGCAAUUUGCGAAUCCUUCCUGAAAAAGGUGCUGGAACAAUUGUUGCUGUAGAAUGGAAAGAUAAAAAGUAUCAUCAGGCCUGUUUCUCAUGCAAGAACUGUCGAAAACCAUUUGAAGAUCUCAAGGCUGUUGCACACAAUGACUAUUUGUACUGUAAAGAGUGUUUUGAGGACGAGGCCACUCGUAAUGCAUCUUGA